AUGUCGGAAUUGAUAAUUUAUCACGGAAAGUCAGCCGAAGAAGUUUACAAAGCUUUGACUCCUCCGGGAAACCCGACAUACAUCACUUACCGAGAUGCGUCGAUGGGUCCGGAUAUGUUCCCACUGAAAUUGGAAGAUUGUUUGUCAGCGAUUGAGAAAGCCAAAGAUUUGGGGUUCUUCAAGUUCGAGUCGUUUGAUGUCGAGGAGUACGAAUUUUUCGAGAAAGUCGAGAAUGGGGACUUUAACUGGAUUUUGCCCGGGAAGUUCCUUGCGUUCUGUGGUCCUCAUAGCGAAAGCAAGCUCGAACUUGAUUACCCUGUGCAUGCCCCGGAAGCGUAUUUCCGGUAUUUCAAGCAACGAGGAGUCACGACCAUUGUCAGGCUGAACAAGCGGUUGUAUGACGCUGGACGGUUUCGGGCUGCGGGCUUCCAGCACUUUGAUCUCUUCUUCAACGAUGGCUCCGUUCCGUCUGAGGCCAUUGUGCGUCAGUUUCUCGACAUUGUCGAGAAGGCCCCCGGUGGUGUAGCUGUGCAUUGCAAAGCUGGUCUUGGAAGAACAGGAGUUCUUAUCGGCUGCUAUAUCAUGAAACAUUACAAGUUGACGGCUGCGGAAACAAUUGCGUGGUUACGAGUUUGUCGACCUGGAUCUGUGAUCGGAUUCCAACAAACCUGGUUGGAUCAAAAACAAGCAUUUCUCUGGCUGCAAGGCGAUCUGCACCGAACCAAAACCGCUGCCAAGAGCGUGGUGGGUGACGGACCCCCUAGCAACUGCUUGGACCCGCCACCCAGGUUCAUCCAGGGCGUGUACCACAUUGUGGACGGGAACAGGAACGAGUUGUGUUUCCCGUCCACCCCGAGGGAAGUGGCGAAGAUCAUGUCCCAGGUCAACACUCUCAAGAUUGAGGACAGUGGUGACCACAAAGCAGGGAAAAAGUCGAAGUCCAUCAAAGAUGCCGAUUUUUCGGAGCAGCCGGAUGAAAUUACUCAAGGUGAUGAAUUGAACCGCCUGAAGGCUCAACGGCGGGGAACUCAGCUUUCUUUGUCAAGUUCUGCACUUGCAAGUCGGAGGUCGGUGGAACACGGCGCUUCCAGGUCAACGCACAGCAAGCCCCAUAACGUGACGACUGUCAGCGUGAACGGCGUGACAGUGAGCAACAACAACAACACCAACACCAGCAACAAUCCCCGUCAUCCCCGCAACAACGAACCCAAGUCCGACAGCGCCAACAACAACGCUGCCAGCCACAUGCAAAUGUCGUCGUCGACGACGACGACGAGCAAGGUACCCGGUGGCACGAGCACGACAGUGAAGACCUGCAUCCUCGCUGGGUCGGCGUCCACUUCCGGCUCCUCUGCGUCGACAGUGUCGAGCAGUGCGAGGCAAACGAGCGUGUUUACGCAUACGAGUACGACGACGUCGACACUGACGACGACGACGUCUGGUGGCGGUGGUGGUCAAGUGCUGUUGUCGCCCGGGUCGUCGAGCGUGUUGGGGAGUAAAGUGAAACGCGGUGUCAAGGACGCUGUCGACGGGGCAAAUCAGGAGCAGCAGCAGGGGCAGAACCCGAGUGCUGAGAUGACUAACGGCGUCCGGCGCUUCCGCGUUGACGAGGCGACGAUCGGACGACAGCGACGCCAAACAGCGCCCGUCAGCCCAGGAAAAGCGCCGCCGCCUGCUGCCCGACUGAUGAAGCUCUUCCUCGUCUUCAGCGGCGUUGUAUUAUCUUUUUCUUUUUCAUCUCAUACCCUCACUCACUCUCGUUAACACGUUAGGAAAGCUUUACUAGAAAGAAACAGCACAUUUUUUUAGGUUUGUGAGCCUACAUUUUUUUUUUUCAUUGGUACA